AUGGCCGACGAAAGCCAGCCGCACAUCGUGGUUGACGAGACCAACGGGACACAGGAAGCAAAGAGCAGCACGCCCAAGAGCAAAUCCGGAUGGGAUGGGAAGCUGCGCGUGAACAAGCAGGCUGUUCUCGCGAACCCAGAGGCUUUGGAGGAUCCGGACUACUCGGAUGAUGAUGCGCCGCCGCCCGAGGAGAUUGGGGCGGAUGAGGACCUACUCGAUGGCGAAGAUCCAGAUACAGAGGAAAUCGACUGCCAACACUCCCGCAUAGCAUCGAUGCCCGCCUUACGGCUCGACCGCUUUAACAAGCUAAGGCGCCUAUGUCUACGACAAAACUUCAUCCAACGCAUCGAGCUUCCCGCAACCUGCACCUCCACGCUCGAGGAACUCGAGCUCUACGACAACCUCAUCAAGCACCUCGAAGGCCUCGACGACUUCACCGAACUCCGCAGCCUCGAUCUAAGCUACAACAAGCUCAAACACAUCAAGCGCCUCUCCACCCUGCGCAAACUCGACCACCUCUUCCUCGUGCAGAACCGCAUCUCUGCCAUCGAGAACCUGGCCGAGCUCACUGACCUCCUCUACCUCGAGCUGGGCGCCAACCGCAUCAAGGAAAUCCAAGGCCUCGAAACUCUAACCAAACUGCAACACCUCUGGCUCGGGCAGAACCGCAUCACCGAACUCAAGGGCCUCAGCACGCUCACUAACCUCCGCACCCUCAGCAUCCAAGCAAACCGCCUGACUUCCUUAGCGGGAAUCGAAACACUCCCACAAAUCACCGAGCUCUACAUCUCCGACAACCGCAUCCCCUCCCUCGAGCCGCUAGCACACAACACCAGACUCGAAAUCCUCGACUUCCAAACGAACCCCAUCUCCUCGCUAGCGGGACUCGAGGGCCUCACCGAGCUGGAGAAUGUGUGGGCCAGCAAUUGCCAGGUGGACAAUUUCCAGGAAAUCGAGCGCGUGCUAAAGGACAAGGCCAAGUUGGAGGAGGUGUAUUUCGAGGGGAAUCCCGUGCAGCGCCAGAAUGUGGUGUUGUAUCGGAAUAAGAUCCGCCUGGCGUUGCCGCAGGUGGUUAAGAUUGAUGCUGCAUACGUAAGGGCGACGUGA